AUGGAAAGAUAUAUGGAGAGAUUUUGGAGAAAUUUAACGUUUAAGUAUUUUGUGGACCGUGCUCUUGAGCAAGAACAAAGAGAGUUUGAAGUCUAGAGUUUGUUUCCAUUCAAAAGGAUGAAUGAGAAUUCAGGAGGUCGUCAUGUGAAGAGCCGUAGCGUUGAUGACAGUUGUAUUCUCUACGAAAAACAGUCGAAAGACCCACAGAUAGGAAACAAGGAUGCUGCUCCUCCUCAAGCCAAAGAUAAAAAUCCAGAUAUGGAACAAAUGAAGGAAAGAUUUGCUAAAUUGCUUUUGGGAGAGGAUAUGUCAGGAGGAGGAAAGGGCGUCUCUUCUGCUCUAGCAUUGUCAAAUGCCAUCACAAAUCUUGCUGCUUCUGUAUUUGGUGAACAGUGGCGUCUGGAGCCUAUGUCACCAGAAAGGAAAGCAAGGUGGAGAAGAGAAAUUGGUUGGCUUUUGUGUGUGACUGACUACAUUGUUGAAUUUGUUGCCUCUCAGCAGAAAUCCAAGGACGGUGUGGAAAUGGAGAUCAUGGUGACAAGACAGCGAAAUGAUCUUCACAUGAGCAUCCCGGCGUUGCGAAAGCUUGACGCAAUGCUUAUAGGCUGUCUGGACAACUUCAAAGAUCAAAAUGAGUUCUAUUAUCUUUCAAGAGAUGCCCCUGAUUCUGAAAAAGGUGGCAGCAAGAGAAAUGAUAAAUGGUGGCUACCUACUCCCAAAGUUCCUCCAAAUGGUUUAUCAGAUGCGGCAAGAAAAUUUCUGCAGUAUCAGAAGGAUUGUGUGAACCAGGUGCUGAAAGCAGCCAUGGCAAUAAAUGCUAAUGUUCUAUCAGAAAUGGAGAUUCCUGAAAACUACAUUGAGUCUCUACCCAAGAACGGGAGGGCAAGCCUCGGGGACUUGAUUUAUAGGAGUAUCACAGUUGAAUUUUUUGAUCCUGACCAGUUUCUGUCCGCCAUGGACUUAACAUCAGAGCAUAAAAUCCUAGACCUGAAAAACAGGAUUGAGGCUUCUAUAGUGAUUUGGAAGAGAAAGAUGAACCAGAAAGAUGGGAAGUCUGGUUGGGGUUCUGCUAUCAGUUUGGAGAAGAGAGAACUCUUCGAAGAGAGAGCAGAAACUAUCUUGCUCAUUCUCAAGCAACGGUUCCCUGGAAUUCCUCAAUCUUCACUAGAUAUUAGCAAAAUUCAAUACAACAAGGAUAUAGGGCAGGCAAUUCUGGAAAGUUACUCAAGAAUUCUAGAAAGCUUGGCCUACACAGUCCUCUCCAGAAUUGAAGAUGUUCUGUAUGCUGAUUAUGUCACUCGAAAUCCAUCAUAUGCCGGACAGAAGAGGAACCCUUUAACAGAGACACCUCAAGAAAGCACAUCGCCGAUGGACGAGACAGCUUCUGAGGGACCCAAUUCAAUGACACUGUCAGAUUUCAUGGGUUGGACUAUGGAAUCAAAUGAUAGUGAUGCAAAGAAUGAGGCAGAUGAAAUUCCAGAUGAAGAAAUCGAAGGCUUAAAUUUAAAGUUAACAGAAAAACUUGCUAGCAUAGUAGCCAUCAAGAAACCUUCUUAUCUUGAGAACUUAGGAGGACAAAGAAGCCCUACAGCUCGACAUUGACAGCAACAAUAUGGAGAUAACAACAAACACAAAAGAGAGAUAGAGGAAUGAAAGCCUAAUAUGGGAAUAUGAAUUCUGUUGGAUCCUUUUUAUCAAAGAUUUUCUUAUUUUCAUUUACAUUCCUUCCUUUUGUAAAUAGGAAGAAAGCAUAUAAGUAUAAAAAAACUAUUGUAUAUGAAGCAUUUCAUACAUUCUUUCUUUUGUACAAGAAAUGCACAUGUAGUAUGUUAGACUCAAAGGUCAUUUUUUUG